GCGACGAUUUCCGCUUCCGGGUCACGUAUUAGGAACGUCGUGUGUACGGCGCGAUCACAACAGAAAGUUUAACAGAAACUGAACAGUUUCAGUGUUUACUGCCCACAAACCCGGGCUUCCCGAUUGGAUCUCGCAACGUUAGCAACCUCACAAAGCUUAUCGAACAACAUAAAGUGCUGUGCAGGAUUGGAUAAUGUCUCUUCCCAAGCGGGAGGUGGAGGAGCUGAGGCCAUGGGUGGAGCGCACCGUGAAGAAGGUACUGGGCUUCUCAGAGCCCACAGUGGUUACUGCGGCUUUGCACUGUGUUGGAAAGGGACUGGACAAAAGGAAAACCACAGACCAGCUGCGUCCAUUCCUUGAUGACUCUGCAGGAGGUUUUGUGGAGCGCCUUUUUGAAGCUCUUGAGGAAAGCCGCAGUUCUCGUGGCAGCAAAGGAGGAGGAGAAAAGAACCGCAAGAGAGAACUGAAGGAUGUGUUUGGCGAUGAGGCUGAAACAGGUGCCAUGAGAGAAACUUUAGAGUCUACAGAUGGGACAGUUGCAAAGCGGAAACGCGUUCCUCGAUUUGAGGAGGUGGAAGAGCCUGAGGUCAUUCCUGGACCUCCAUCUGAGAGCCCUGGCAUGCUCACUAAGAUGCAGAUAAAACAAAUGAUGGAGGCGGCCACUAAGCAGAUAGAGGAAAGGAAGAAGCAACUGAGUUUUGCCUCUGCAGUCCCUUCAGCACAGUUGAACAAUACACAAAUGGAGUCCCCUGCAGUUUCCCGACUUCUUGGCCAGGCUGCUGCAGCUUCAGGUGGUGCCUCAUCCAUCGCCCCCUCCCAGGCUGCCAGCUUCAUGAACGAUGCUAUUGAGAAGGCCCGCAAAGCUGCUGAACUACAGGCCCGCAUCCAGUCCCAGUUAGCCAUGAAGCCUGGUAUACUGGGAGCCUUGGGGAACACUGGGCCUCACAACCUGGUUGCUUUAGCGAAUCUACAUGCUAUGGGAAUUGCGCCACCAAAAGUAGAAAUCAAGGAGGUCAAUAAGCCAACGCCUCUUAUUCUGGAUGACAAAGGAAGAACUGUUGACGCCAGUGGAAAAGAAGUGGAACUAACGCAUCGCAUGCCUACACUGAAAGCAAACAUCAGGGCAGUAAAGAGGGAGCAGUUCCGUCAGCAGCUAAAGGAGAAACCUGGAGAGGAUUUGGAGUCCACGUCCUACUUUGACCACCGUGUGUCCAUCUUACCACCGCAACGCCCUCGUAAGGGUUUCAGAUUCCAUGAACAGGGUCGAUUUGAGAAGAUCGCACAGAGAAUAAGAACUAAGGCUCAGCUGGAAAGGUUGCAGAGUGAAAUUGCCCAGGCAGCAAAGAAAACAGGAAUCCAGGCAUCCACCAAGCUGGCCCUUAUUGCUCCGAAGAAAGAGAUUGGUGAUGGGGAGGUGCCCAACAUUGAGUGGUGGGACUCUUUCAUCCUGCCCUCCAACAUAGAUAUAACACCCGACACCAAAUUUGAAGAAUUGGAGCUAUUUGGUGUGACCAACCUUGUUGAACAUCCUGCACAAAUGAGCCCUCCAGUUGAUAACGAUAAACCUGUAACGCUGGGCGUUUACCUGACAAAGAAAGAACAGAAGAAACUGAGAAGACAGACAAGAAGAGAGGGGCAAAAAGAAGUCCAGGAGAAGGUUCGUCUGGGUCUGAUGCCUCCACCAGAGCCCAAAGUACGCAUUUCUAACUUGAUGAGAGUACUGGGGACGGAGGCAGUUCAGGACCCCACAAAAGUAGAGGCCCACGUCAGAGCACAGAUGGCCAAGAGACAAAAGGCUCAUGAGGAGGCAAAUGCAGCACGCAAGCUUACAGCAGAGCAGAGGAAAGAAAAGAAAGUCAAGAAGUUAAAAGAAGACCUCACCGAUGGUGUUCACAUUGCUGUUUACAGGAUCCGUAACCUGCAAAAUCCUGCUAAGAAGUUUAAAGUGGAGGCUAAUGCCAACCAGCUGUACCUGACAGGCACUGUUGUUCUUCACAAAGAUGUCAACCUUGUCGUGGUGGAGGGAGGGCCUAAAUCUCAGAAAAAGUUCAAGAGGCUGAUGAUGCACAGAAUUAAAUGGGAGGAGCACAACAGUAAAAGAGAUGAUCCAGAUGGUGAUGAUGAUACGAAGAGGAACAACAAGUGUUGGUUGAUUUGGGAGGGUACAGCAAAAGAGCGUAGUUUCGGGGAUAUGAAGUUCAAGCAGUGCCCCACAGAAAGCAUGGCCAGAGAACACUUCAAGAAACACGGCACAGAACACUACUGGGAUUUAGCUCUCAGCCAAAGUGUAUUGGAUUGCACAGAUGACUGAAGAGUGACAGGAAAGAAGUCGGCACACCUUUUAUUAAACCCACAGCCUCACAAACCAGUCAGCCCUCACUAUGGCAAUGGCUGCUUUCCACUUGGGAGAGAGAGACUUCAUCAAGAGGCAUGAACAAUGAAAGAGGAGGAACAGUGAACCUGUGUGAACAUUUUAUGUCAGAGUGUGUGUGUGUGUGUAUGGGCGCCUUCAUCGAUGUCUAUCUCUUGGCGGUAGGCUAGUCUGUCAGGUGUUGCUCAAUUCUUUCUGACAGAUUAUACUGAGUGAUUUAAAUCACCUGCCUAUAGCUUCAUGUGAUGGCGAUAAUUAGUGUCACAUUACAGACAUUAAUUAUUUUCUAGUAUGUCCACUGAUAAUCUCUGUUUGAGUCAUGCAAUUAAUAAAACCUACCACAUCAGUGAAUGACUGCACUGGGACUGUGCUUAUACAUGUAUAGCUGACCUGGGAAAGAUUCCUGGGUUUCUGUUACCAUUACAUCAAUAUGAGACUCAUCCAUCUUAAUAAAACUAUAUUUCAAAGGCACCCAAAUUCUUUUUGUCUUUGGAGAAGAGAGGCUGUACUUGAGACAUGUAGCUAUAUUUCUUUGUUAUUCCACAAUCGCAGCCUUGAAUAAACAACAAACUUUA